AUGGAGAGAAAGGUAAAAGACAGAGGCAUAUAUGGAAAAACUAAUUUAGUGAAUGAAUAUCAAAUUAAUAAUGCAAUUAAUUUAAAUCGAAAAGGAAAUGAAGAAAAUGAUAAUAACAUUGUAGUUUAUUCCGAUGAAUGUAAUACACCAUGCUUUGUAAAUAAUAAUAGUAUGAAAAAAAAUAAUAAAAAAAGAAUAAAUAUAAAAAUAGGAAGUAAUAAUUCAGAUAAUAAAAAAUACGCACAAAAAAAUAAUAAAAGUUUUAUUAAAAAUAUUGUUGAAAGAAUAGAAGAAGCAUAUAAAAAUCGAGUAAAAAAUAAUACAAAACAUAUACUUCCGUCUAAAUAUAAUUCUACAUUUUAUUUAAAUGAGUAUUUAAAUGUUGAGCCGACUAAUAAUGUAUUAUAUAGACGUAGGAUUCCAAAUGAAACAUUAUAUAAAAGUGAUUUCAAUAGAAUAAAUUUGAAGCCAUUUAUUCGAUGUAACAGUUUACGAAACUUAAGCAGUAAUAAUAAUGAAGGAAGAUAUAAAAACAAUAAAGCUAUUAUAAAAAUAUCUAAUGUUAGUCCAUUUGAAACACUUGCAAAGAGUAAUAUAAAUAAUUCUUCUAAAUAUUUUCAAUCUUCUAAUUUUUAUGGCUUAAAUAAAAAUAAACCAAAUAAUAAUUUUAAUGGUAAUAAAAUAUCUCGAACAAAUUCUUUGCAUAAUACAAAAAUAUAUCGAGGAAAUAAUGGACAUAAUGAUCAUAAAAUCAGUUUUGGUUCUUUGGAUAGACGCAAUACAUAUAAUUCAUUUGGUAAUUCUGGAAACUAUAAUAACACUAAUAAAGAGCCUAAAAAAAUAAGACUACACAUAAACAAAGAUGAUAAAGAAAAUAAUCGAAAUUUAGUUUCAAAAAUAGAUUGGAAACAAAAUCAUUAUGAUCAAAAUAGUUGUUUAUCUAGCAAUAAUACCAAUGAAACAAAAUAUCAUAAAAAAAAUAAAUAUGCAAAUGAAAAUAUCAAAACUAAUAUAUUCAUCCCUUCAAAUACCUCAAAAAGUACCCAUGUAGAAAAUGAAAACAAAAAUGAAUAUAAAAAUGAAUAUAAAAAUGAACAUAAUAAUGAAUAUAACAAUGGAUAUAACAAUGGAUAUAACAAUGGAUAUAAUAUGACCAAUGUAAAUAGAAAUAGACAUAGUGAUAUGGGAAGUCAAGCAGAAGAAUCGUAUUCUGCUUAUGGAAGUAGUAAUAUUUCUUUUAGGCCACCUUCAAAAAAUGUUAUAAAUGGAAGAAUAAAAUAUUCAAGUAUUGAUACAAAAACCGACGAGAUGGAUGAUAUAAAAAAAAAUGAUGAUAUGAAAAUAUGUAGGAAUAGAGGAUCCAGUCAUGUAGAAAAUGAUACAAUGACGAGUAGUCAGUAUGAUAACGAAAACUUUGAAGAGGAUAAUUUUGAUAUAUACAAUAAAUCAGAAUGUGAAAAUAAAACUUUAUUUUAUAAUAAAAAGAAAGAAAUGAAUGAAUGUAAUAGUACAUUACCAGACAAAAUGGAUGAUAGUAACAAAUUGUGUUUAUACAAAGAAAAAGAAGAUGUAUCAUUAUGUGCUAGAUUUAAAAAUGAUAAAAGUACAAGUCGAAGUUAUGAGGAUAAUUCAUUUAAUAGUGAAGAUGAAAAUAGUACUUCUAAACAAAUGUCUAACACAACAGAUUCUAAUAGAAUGAUAGAAAAUACAUCUAAUCGAGAAAAUAGUAAAGUAUGCUUAAAAAAAGACGGGAAAAAAGAAAAAAAAAAAUUAAAUAAUGUUGGAAAUUGUGAAAAUUUCUAUAUAUUGAAAGGAGAAAUGUUGAAUAUUGUGGAUUAUAAAGAAGUAAAUGAUAUAAACUCAAAAAGCGAUCAUAGUAGUUUGGCCAGCAGUAAGCUAUAUAUAAAGGACGUAUCAGAUGAAAGUGAUAAUAAUGGAAGUGAUAUCUAUUAUAGUGAUGAUGAAUGGGAAAAGAAGGAAGAAUUUAAAAAUUUAAAAACAAGCACUAAAUCGAAUAAUAUAAAUAGGGUUAAUAGCGAAAAAUGCAAAAACAGAAAAUCUACGAACUAUAGCCAAAGAAAAUCAAAAACAAAUUCCCAAAAUAAACUAAGUACAAAUAGAUGGAAUAGUAAAAAUAGUCAACAAAUAAUGAAAUGUGAUAAUAGCGUAAAAAGUGAGAAAUCUCGAAGCUCAAGCACAAAAAGUUAUCGAAAUGGAUAUAGUGAUAUGAAAUUUAAGGAAUAUAACCAAAAUUUAAGAAAUGAUGAAAUGAAAUAUUCGAAAUUAGAAAAAAGCCUUUCAAAUGAAUUAUUGGCAAUAGAAAAUGGUGACUAUCAAAAUAGUGAUAAUAAUGAAAAAGAAAUGUAUCAAAAUAGUGAUAAUAAUGAAAAAGAAAUGUAUCAAAAUAGUGAUAAAUCAAAAAGCCAAAAAUAUUCUCAUACAUCUAAACAAAGCAGAUUUAGCAAAUGUAAAAAUAAAGGAUAUAAUAAGAGCACCUAUGAUGAUAAAGAUAAUAAUUUUUUAAAUGUUGAAAAAAAUAAUAAACAUGAAUAUGGACAAACACGAUCAAAAAACAUGGAAAAUAGUACAUACCAUGCAAGCACAAAAUGUAGUAAUAAAAAUAAAAGAGAAAAUUAUGAUUAUUGUAAAAGUAAAGAUAAUAGUAUAUUAAAAACAAAUAGAGAUAAUAAUACCCAUAAAUCAAGUAAUACACAUUUAACUAAUUUUGAUGAUGUUGCAAGAAAUGAACAUACAGAUUAUGAAAUAUGUGAAUAUGAUAAAGAAUCAACAAAAAAUUUAUACCAAAAUGAAAAAAGGAAAGUAUAUAAAAAUAAUAAAACUGGGGAAGUUAAUACAGAAGGAAAAUCUUCAAAUAUAAACAGGGAAAGUAGAUUUGCAUCUGACUAUAAUUCGUAUAAAACAGAUGGACAGAUUCAAAAUAAAUCAAUGAAUAGUAGAAAUUAUAAGGAUUAUGAAAAUAUAAAAUCUAAUAGUAAAAUGGAAAAAACAAAUACAAAAUUGGAAAAUAUAUCUGAAUGUAAAGAAAAAAAGGAAAUUAGUUAUUCUUCACAUUAUAGUGGUGAUUCUAAAUGGAAUAAAAAAAACAAAAGCAAGUUAGAUAGUAAUAAUACUUAUUAUAAACAAAGUGGAACAACGGGUAUAUCAAAUAAAUCAAGAAGAGAAACAAAUGAAAGAAAUGUAUCAAAUAGCUUAGAAAAUAGUGAAAAUGAAUAUAAAAAGGAAGAAAAAAAUGAAAAUAUUUUUAAGAGUAAAAAUAGUUUGGAAAAUUCAAAAAUAGGGAUGAAAGAGAGCAAUUCAAAAUAUUUUGACGAAAAAAGAAGUACAUAUGUAUCAAAUAUGUUGAAUGGAAAUCAUGAAGAAAAUAAACAAAAUAAAUCUAAUAGCAAAAAACUUCAGUAUUCUAGAAGAGAAAGUAAAAAUGAAUCCAAUGAAUGUUAUCAAAAUAUAAAUAAAAGAAUUAGCCAUUUAAAAAAACAUGAUAGUAUGAACUUUAAUCCAACAAUUAUAAGUAAUAAACAUAGUAAUGUUGAUAAUAUUCAAAAAGACACAUCUAAGAUAUCUUCAAAAUUGAAUACAAAUUAUAUGAGUAAGGAAAAGAAUAACAAAUCAGUUUGUGAAUCAUCUCAUAAUAGUCCCGAUGAAAGUAUCUAUUAUAAUUAUAAAAAUAAACCAAGAAGAAAUUUAAAGAGUGUAUAUGAUGUAAAAAAUGAAACAGUAAGAUCAAGACAUGAAAAUAUUUAUGAAUAUAAUGACAAAAAAAAUAUAUCUAAUACUAAUUAUAAGUCUGUAGAUAAUUCAAACAAAGUAAAGAGUAAAAGUAUAUAUGAAAAUAAUAAUUGUGAUAAAGAGGUAUGUAAAAAAGGGUCGAGAAAUCGAAGUAAAAAUUAUGUAAGCACUAAUCAUAUAAAUAGCAAUAAUAAUAAUAGUUGUAAUACAAUAUGUUUGGAUGAAAAAAAAAUAAAAAAUGGUAAAUCAUUUGAAUCGAAUUCUAAUAAUAAUAAUACAAAAAUUGAGAGAAGAAGGAAUAGUAGUAGAUUUGUAGAAAAUAGCCACUGUUUUGAUAGCAAUGAUCAAGAUUGUAAAAAUUAUAAAAAUUAUAAAAAUAAAUAUGAUAAAAUCCGAUCUUCAAAAAUGAAUAGUGUACAGAAUUGUAUGAGUUGUGAUGAAAAUGACAAUGCAUUUCAAAAAAAUGAUGAAUAUAUAGAUUUGUGUAGUAAAAAAAAUAGAUUAAGCAAAAAUUAUACUACUAUUUCAUGUAAAGAUGAUAAUAGUAAAAAUAUUGGGAAAAAAAUAAUAAGUAAAAUAAAUGAAGAAGAAAUGAUAUAUUAUACUGAUACAUCAGACUCAGAAAAACCCAAAAGUCGACAUUCAAAAAGACAUGAAAAUAUUUCUAAGAAAGGAUUGUCCAAUUAUUCAGAAAAAAAUAAUAAAAGCAAUAGAUCUAUAAAAAGGUCAAAAUCAAUACAUGGAAAAAUAAAUAAAACAGAUUUAAAUUUAAAUGAUACUUAUAAAGAAUCAGUUAUAUCUAAUCGAAAGAAAACAAAUGAAUCUAUAAAAGAACAAAUAUAUAAUUCAAAUAACAAAAAUAGAGAAAAAGAUAUAGUAUACUAUUCUGAUAGUGAAAAUGAUCAAAAAAAAAAAUCAAUAAAAUCACAAAUUUCGAAUAGGUCAAAUAUGCAAAGGAAUAAAAGCAAAGAAAAAACCAUAAGUAGGGAAAUGAAUAUCAAUGCAAAUUAUAUUAUAGAAGGAAAUUGUGAAAAAAAUGAAAAUAAUUUUCAUAGUGAUAAUGAAGAACAUAAGAUAGGGACUAUGAAUAGUAUCAGAACAAAUAAACAAAAAAAUGAAAAUGAUAAUGAAAAAAAAUUAGAGAUAUUUCAAGAUAAUAAUUCCUUACGAAAUUUGGGUGAACAAGCUGCUUCUAAUAAGCCGUCUAUAAAACAGGAAUCAAAAUGUUCAGAAAAUUAUAUUUUACCAAUAACUUAUGGAAUUGAUAAAAAUAAAAGUGGUGAGUAUAAAAAUGGUUAUCUUGUUUCAGAUGAAGUAAAAGGCACAUAUUUAUAUAAUAAUAAUAAUAAUAAUAGUAAUAGUAGUAAUAAUAAUAAUAAUAAUAGUAAUAGUAAUAAUAAUAAUAGUAAUAAUAACAAGCAUAAAGAAAAUUUGUCAGAAAUAAACAAUUUUAGUAAUGGUACAAUAAAGAAUAGUAGUAAUGCCACAAACAAUCAUGCAGUUUUAAAAAAAAUGUCUGUACCAUGUGAAAAUAAUAAUGUAAAACGUGGGGCAAGCAAUUUUCACGUUGGGUCUUUGAAUGGUGUUAUAGGUCUGAAUAAAGCCAAUGAAUAUAUGAAGGAAGAGUUAAAUUAUUAUUUAUCAAAUAAUGACAAUAACAAUAUUAGCAAUAUUAAAAACAGUAGCAGUGUUGGCAAUGCUGGGAAUGCUGGGAAUGCUGGGAAUGCUGGCAAUGUUGGCAAUGCUGGGAAUGCUGGCAAUGUUAUCAAUGCUGGGAAUGUUAGCAAUGUUGACAGUAGUAGAAUUAUUAGCAAUAUUGGCAAUGCUAGCAAUAUUGGCAACAGUGGAAAUAUUAGCAAUAUUGGCAACAGUGGAAAUAUUAGCAAUAUUGGCAAUAGUAGAAUUAUUAGCAAUAUUGGCAAUGCUAGCAAUAUUGGCAACAGUGGAAAUAUUAGCAAUAUUGGCAACAGUGGAAAUAUUAGCAAUAUUGGCAAUAGUAGAAUUAUUAGCAAUAUUGGCAAUGCUAGCAAUAUUGGCAACAGUGGAAAUAGUAGAAUUAUUAGCAAUGCUGGCAAUAUUAGCAAUGCUGGCAAUAUUAGCAAUGCUGGCAAUAUUAGCAAUGCUGGCAAUAUUAGCAAUGCUGGCAAUAUUGGCAAUGUUAGCAAUAUUGGAAAUGUUAGCAAUAUUGGAAAUGCUAGUAAUAUUGGAAAUGCUAGUAAUAUUGGGAAUAGUAACAACAGUGGACAUAUUAGCAAUAUUGGCAACAUGAUCAGUAGCAAUAUUGGCAACAUGAUCAGUAGUAACAGUGGCAACAUGAUCAGUAGUAACAGUGGCAAUAAUAUGAGAAAGCUGGGAAGCAUUCAAGUAAACCCGGAAAGGGCCAGUACUGAAGUUAUUACAGAACAUAAUGUAUAUGGAAGGGGUAAAGAAGAUACGCUUAAAAACCCUUCUUCUGAUUUAAACAAGGAUAAAAGUUUUACAAAUGUAAUAAAUCACCAAAACAGUAUGUGUAUAGGUAAUAAUGGUAUUAGUACAGAAAAUUUCCAAAAUCAAAAUAUUCCUUUAAAUAAUAUACCAAUUAUAAAUAACAAUCCUAUAAAUAGAAAAUUCGUUCCAAUGGACAAUAAAAUUACUACUCCUAAAAGUUGUGUCUUACCUUUUGAACAAAAUAAUUCAUUUCAGAGAAAUGAGACAAGGGAUGCAAUAAAACAUUCUUAUUCAACUCCAGAAAUUGAAGAAAAAAAAAAUCAAAUUUUAUAUAAUCAUGGUAAAAAUGGAAUAUAUGGACAAAAUUGGGGAAACAAUGGUAUGGCUUGUUAUGAAAAUCCUAAUACUAACAAAAGUGCAAACUAUUUUGGACAAAGUCAAAUUGGUAAUAUAAAUGAAGUUAGUGAUAUUCGCAACAAUAAUAAUAAUAAUAAUAUAAUAUAUGAUGAUAUAAAUAAUUGUUAUAUAAUGAAUAGAAAUAUAAUAAAGAAUACAAUGGUAAAUCAAGCAUCAACAGUAUCUGAACCAAUACAUUCUAACUAUGGUCGUAAUUUUUAUUCCGCAUAUUAUAAUAAUAAAUCAUUUAGUGUUCCAAAUAUAGGAGCCCAAAAUAUGAACAUUCCCAUAUAUAGUAAUCAAAUCCCCAAUAUUAUUGAUAAUAAUAAAUUGAACAUUAUUGAUAAUAAUAAAUUGAACAUUAUUGAUAGUAAUAAACUGAACAUUAUUGAUAGUAAUAAACUGAACAUUAUUGAUAAUAAUAGAAUGAAUAUUAUUGAUAAUAAUAAAAUGAAUAUUAUUGCAGGUUCUAACCAGCCAAUUCAACAAAUAACUCCUCAAGAUUUCAGAAAAUUUGGCACAUUCCCCCUAAUAAUAGCUCAAAAUACUAAUAGCAUUGCAAAUAACAUCGCGAGCAAUAGUAUCGGGAAUAAUAACAUCGCGAAUAAUAACAUCGUGAAUAACAUCGCGAAUAAUAACAUCGCAAAUAACAUCGCGAACAAUAAUGCUAUUAGCAAUAACUUGGAAAAAUUAAAUAACACCCAAUUAAAUACUGACAAGCUUAUGAAUAACAAAUAUUUUUUUUAUGAAAAUGGUCAGGCAUAUAUAAUUGGAGAUAACAAAAUGCACAACCCAAGUUUAGUAAAAAGUAUGAGUAGUUAUGCAGUACCAAAUGUAUGUUCAUAUAAAAAUAUGUAA